UAUUUAUUUAUUUUUUUGACACUGCAAUGAAAUAAAUUAAUUGCAACAUUCCACGAUGACCUGCUGUGGUUGUUACCUACUGGGAGCACAUGGUGAUCCGUUUGAAGGCGUGCGUUUGUACCAAAGAACAGUUUCCUGACCAGGACGUUGGCAGGCAGCCUACUGAGGGACAUGAGGACGAGACCUGCUGGGAUUGGGAAUGUCCAUGCUGACUGGAUGGGUUCGCUUCCCUCCAUACUCAGUGCCAUGCCUCUCAAGUAUCUUGCUGUGCCAGGUUCUCAUGACUCCUUCACCUUCUGGGUGGAUGUGCAUGCCCCUGUGGGCCCUGAUCAGAAGUUUUAUGUAAAGUACCUAGCCACCAUGUUCAGCGUGCUAGCCAAGAAAGUCAUGGUGAAGUGGUCAAUGACACAGAACCUGACAUUCAGGGAGCAAUUAGAUGCAGGAAUUCGUUACUUCGAUCUCAGGGUGUCUUCUAAACCAGGUGAGCCUGGAAAUGAGAUCUACUUCAUCCAUGGCCUCUUUGGACACAAGGUGAGAGAUGGCCUGUUGGAAAUUAACUCUUUCUUGAGCAGACACAAGAAAGAGGUUGUGCUUUUGGACUUCAAUCAUUACUACGCCAUGGAUGAAGGUCACCAUGUGUACCUCAUCCGUAUGCUACAGGAAGUGUUUGACAGCAAGCUGUGCAGCGACUGUGCAGUGGAGAACAUUACUCUGAACUACCUGUGGGAGAAGAAAUAUCAGGUCAUUGUGUUCUACCAUCAUCCUUCAGCACAAGGUAUCCCUGUAAUGUGGCCUGGCAAUAAAAUCCCUGCUCCUUGGGCAAACACCACUGAGCCCAACAAGCUUAUACAGUUUCUGGAAACCACAUUGAAAGAAAGAAACAAACAGGGAUCCUUCCAUGUCACCCAGGCUAUCCUCACUCCUACGGCCAACACUGUAGCCAAAGGUUUGGUGUGGGGGCUGCGUGAAUACCUGGUAGAAAGAAACCUGCCAACCAUAAUGUCUUGGGUUCAGAGUCAACGGCCAGGAGUGGAUGGAGUCAACAUCAUCACUUCAGACUUUGUGGAGCUCACUGACUUUGCCAACAUUGUGAUUAAACUCAACAACCUACUGCUGUCUAAGUCAGAACGCAAACCCAGAUGACACAUGCGCCAUUUUUGACCAGAGCUCAGAUGGCUUGGUUUCAUAUCUUCCUUCUUGUUUGGAUAAAAUGGCUUCAUUAAUACACAUGACGUUAUUGACUUUCAGGAGGUUUUGUAGCUGGUACGCAGUCAGCUUUUCUGCUGCCUGGAAAGCUUCAGUUUCUAAUUCAAUGACUCAAGUUAAAUGGCAGGCUUUGCAGAAAUUUGUAAGCCUUUAAAUAUUCCUGAAACACUUUGAUUUUACUUGCAGACAAUUUGUUCAGCCUAAAUUUUACAAUACAGCCAAGAGGAGUUUGGGAAAGCAGGGGAAGAGUGGUUUGUAUUCAAUUUUACACAGGGAUGUACCUCACAUCGCUGCUAUGAAAUGUAACUGUUAUACAGACCACCCAUUUCACAAACGCUCCACUUGUUACCACGGUUAUAAUAAUCCUAGACAUACUGUUAAUCUUUUACAUCUAGAUCUGUUAUUUAUCAAAAUGGUUAUUAAUAUACGAACACAGAAUUUCUAUUUAUGAACAUAGACAGUAAUAAGAAAAUACCCAACAGUCUCCACCAAGUUUUUCGAAGAUCGGACUAAGUAUUAAGUUGAAACGCCUCUACCGGUCCAGAAGUCUCGCGGUUCAUUCAGAUGCAGAUUAGCGAAUUCAAAUUUCAUUAUGUUAUUUUUUGACACUUUCUACUGACGAGCUUUCUCAGCAAGCCACUCUUGUUACACCUUUUUUAUUUAUUUAUUUUUCUAAAUGUACUUCUAUGAAUGUCAGCAUGUAACAGGUUAAGUCAAGCCUAUCGAGUCUUACAUGGACUCGAUAGUUUCACUAUUUGGCCUGACUUUGGCCUCUUUGGGGUUUAUUGUCUGGGUCGUCCAUUCCUGGAAAGUUUUCUGCUGA